ACUUGAUCUCAGUUUUCUGGUCUCUGGUUGAAGGAUCAGGGAUCAGAGACCUCCAUCAUGGCUAUCGCUGACCAGCUGCUGGAGCAGAUGUUCUCCUGGCUCGAGCAGAGGGAGCGCUGUGCAGAGAAACUGAGGAAACUGGCCAAGGAGCUGGAGUCACUCAGGGAGAAUUGUAAUGCUGCAGAAUGUGCUGGAAGCACAUAUGCUGUGGUUGGAGCAUUAUCUCUGAUCGGGGCCGGCAUGGCCACUUUGUUCACCGGCGGAGCAGCUGCUCCACUUUUAGGUGUGACAGGAGCAGUGUUUUCAGGUGCAGGUGUCACCAUAUCUGUGGCUUCUAAAAUCAUUGAGGGUUUCUCAUCCAGCGACACCAUGAAAGAUGCGCAGAGGAUAGAAGAGAAGAGCAACGAGGUUGCAGAAGAAAUCCAGAGACUGUUUGAGAGACUGAGGGCGAACAGUUCCUCUGCAGAUCCGGAUGAAGUGGACCGACACGUCAUGACUGAAAUUCUGAGAGCCAUGGCCAGACGCAAUGGACUGGAGGGGCAAAUAAACACCCAGACUUUUUUUGAUAAUAUACACAUGAGGUUUAACCUGAGCUUCUCGAAUUCUGAACUGACAAUUGGACUUGCUGGUAUUUUAAGUUUUUUCACAUUGAAAACUAUUGGGAAUGAAUUUAAACAUUUGUUUGAUAAAGGAGCCAACGAACUGAUCAAACAAGUGGCUAAAACUGGGUUUAAAAACGUCCUUAAAGGAGGAGCCAAGGUUGUGGGAGGAGCUGUCGGACUGGCGUUUGAACUUCCUGAGGCGAUCGACAACUGGAAAGACCUGAUCGAAAAGAAUCAUGUGACUAAAGCCAGCCAAUCACUGAGAGAUACAGCUGACGCCAUUCUAGAGACCUGCCGGAAACUGAGGGAACAGUUUGACAACAUCAGGAGGAUGUUUGAAGAGAUGGCUAAAAGUAAAAGAGAACUUACUUCACAGCAUGUUGUACCUCAGCAAGAACCACAGGAAGACAUGACACCUAUGCAGAACACAUGGCCAAAUAAGAGCUGA